AUGGUUUCCCAGCUUGUACGCUACGGUAUCAACGCAGCCAUAAUAGCGUUUGUCUGGCAAGCCCGUGAGUCUUACCGUGUCUAUAGUGUCGACUCCAUUCAGUCUAACCUUUCAGUUGUCCAUCCGGAUGGUCCUGAUCUCCCAGUUAUGACGAUUUUCUGGGAAGGCCUCUUCUUGGCAAACCUGGCUCUCGCGGUCACGUUCAGGGCUGGCAUGGCUGGGAGGUCGCUUUGUGGCGCGAGCCAGGGGUACGAAAUUAUGCCGAUUCCACCGAUUGUGAGAGAAGUAAUAAUCAGCGAAAGAUAUGGAAGGCAUAAAAGCAGGGAAAUUCAGCAUAGAUCUUGGGUAUGCAUUAGCGAACUCAUCUUAAAUUGA